AUGCAUUCUGAAUCUAACUUAUCUCAACGUGACAAUAGCAGAACUCAGUUAUUUGGUAGUGAAAAUGAUAUGAAUUCAUCUUUUUCUCCUUUUGAUAAAUCAAAAUUAGAUUAUUCACAGAGCACUCUUGCGCAGUUGGAAUCACAAAGUGAAGAGAACAUGAAUGUAAUGAACGAAAAGAUUAAAGCUUUAAAAUCUUUAUCAUUAAGAAUGGGUGAUGAAAUUAGAGGUAGUAAUAAAUCUUUGGAUACAUUGGGUGACACUUUUGAAAAUGCUACUGUUAAAUUAAAACAUACAUAUACUAAUAUGAUGAUCAUGGCAAAGAAAUCAGGAAUUAGUUUUACAACUUGGAUUUUAAUAUUCGUCGUUGUCUUUUUAUUAUUUUUCUGGGUUUGGAUAACUUAA